AUGGUACAUCGACUCAACGUCGACGAGAGCUGUAAGCCAGUGAAACAGAAGCGUCGCGCGUUCAACCAAGAAAGGAGCGAGAUUGUAGCUGAACAGGUGGAGGAGCUACUGAAAGCAGGCUUCAUUCGGGAAGUACAUUAUCCCCAGUGGAUAUCCAACGUAGUGCUGAUACAAUCAAAUCAAGAUGCAUGUACCGAUCAGAAGAAAACCUCUUUUGUCACGAGUAGAGGCUUGUAUUGUUACACCGUGAUGCCGUUCGGAUUGAAGAAUGCAGGUGAAACCUACCAACGAAUGGUGAAUCGGAUGUUUGCAGCCUUAAUCGGUAAAAAUAUUGAAGUCUACGUAGACGACAUGCUGGUAAAGAGUCGAAAGAACGAGCGACACGAGGAGGAUUUGGCAGAAGCAUUCGACGUUUUGCUAAUGUACAAGAUGAAGCUGAAUCCCACCAAAUGCACGUUUGGAGUGACCUCAGGCAAGUUCCUGGGAUUUUUAGUACACCAAAGGGGGAUCGAAGCGAAUCCAGAUAAGAUCAAAGCUGUUCUAGAGAUGGAUCCACCUAAAACUCUAAAGCAGCUGGAGGGACUCAAUGGAAGGAUAACAACACUCAAUAGAUUCGUAAGCCGUUCAACUGACAAGUGCCUGCCAUUCUUCAAAAUCUCAAGGAAGAAAGGGCAAUUUGAAUGGACGGAAGAGUGUGAGGCUGCCUUUAAGGAGCUGAAACCGUACCUGGGGAUCUUGCAUAAGCCAGACAGUUCUGGGCGACUGGUAAAGUGGGAUGUAGAGCUCAGCGAAUACGACAUUCACUAUAAGCCAAUAACUGCCAUGAAAGGGGAAGCUGUGGCAGACUUCAUAGCGGAAUUAACACCCACAGAACCUCAAGUAUAUUGUAUCGACCCACAAGUGGUUGAGGAAGAGAAAUUCUGGACACUCUACUUAGAUGGGUCCUCAAAUUUUCGAGGAUGCGGGGCAGAACUCAUACUAAUCUCUCCAGAUAAAGAAAGAACCGAAUAUGUGCUGCGAUUCAGCUUUCAUGCAUCCAACAACGAAGCCGAGUAUGAAGCUCUACUAGCAGGACUAAAAGUGGCCAGGUCAGGUGAAAGAGGAGUUACAGCUCGACUAGCUGCAGCUUAUGAAACCGACCUGCGCAGAACUGUACCGGUCGAGAUUCUACCUGAGCCAAGCAUAGAAGCUUAUGAAGCCAUGGAUAUCGAUGAGCAAGGGCAACCAGAAAAAAAUUGGAAGAGCCAUUUGAUCAAAUAUUUGAGAGACGGGAUCCUGCCUACUGAAAAGAUAGAGGCCCAGCAGCUACAACGACGAGCAACCAGAUAUUUGCUUAAAGACGACAAUCUGUACAAAAGAGGCUACUCGUUGCCGCUUUUAAAAUGUAUAACGCCCGAUGAAGCCGACUACAUCAUGAGGGAGAUACAUGAGGGUGUUUCCAGGAGCCAUUCUGGAGCACGAUCCCUAAGUCACAAAAUAGUUGGACAAGGAAUACCUUACACCAUUAUCAGUGAUAAUGGGAAGCAGUUCGGCAAUGCUGCCUUUCGAGAAUUUUGCAGGGAGUUGGACAUUAAACACAUCUGUUCCUCGCCAGUACAUUUGCAGGCUAAUUGGAAGGUUGAAGCAGUCAACAAAAUCAUCAAAAGAACUCUGAAGACCAGAUUAGAAAAGCUCAAAGGGUUGUGGGCAGAGGAAAUUCCCAACGCAUUAUGGGCCUACAGAACAACACCUUAUACUUCGACAGGAGAAACGCCAUUUUCAUUAUCAUUUGGCUCUGAAGUGGUAGUGCCAGUCGAAAUUGGACUCCCCUCCCCAAUGGUAGAGCAGUUUAGUCCACUUGACAACAACGAAUCCGUAAAGCUCAACCUCAACCUAUUAGAAGAACAUCGAGAAACAGCACGACUACGAACGGCUGAAUACAAAAAUCGAAUAGCUCGACACUACAACUCGAAGGUUAAGAAACGUGACUUUAAAGAAGGUGAUCUGGUGUUAAGAAAGAUUAUGCUGAAUACUAAAGAUUCAAUUAGCGAUGCGUUCGGGCCAACAUGGGAGGGCCCAUACAAAGUCACUAAAGUGGUGCGAAUAGGCACUUAUGCUUUAGAAGACCAACGGGGGGAGGCCUUACUACACCCAUGA